AUGGCUGGAGUUAUCAAAGGAUCAGAAAUUGAAUUAACUGUUUAUAUUGCCAUCUAUCCUUCAAAUAAUAAGCCUGGGCUCAGAAGAAAAAAAAAAGGAGAAAAUUCUACACCUGCUAUUGAACUUGAACGCAUAAUAGGAUUAACAACAUUGAAACCAACAGCUUUAACCACCGCUCCAUCUCUAGAUCUUGUAGCAUAUGCAGCUGGUGCUGUUGUCACAUUAUAUAAUCAUAAGAAAAACAAACAGAUUGGUUUCUUAUAUGCUUCAUCAGCAACUCUACCAAAUCCUCAAGCCGCAAAUCAAUCAAAUAAUUCUGCUCCUUCAUCAUGGUCUGCCGCCUUUCAAAAUCGUCAUACAAUUGCCGGAGAUGUAAUGGCUAGUCCAUUGGGUACUGGUACUUCUUUGGGUGUAAUAGAUCCCCAGAGUUCAAUAUCCGGAAAUUCAUCAAAUUCUAAAAAAAUACCUGUAAAUAACAAAGCAAAACCAAUAUCCUGUCUUGCCUUUUCACCCGAUGGAGUCUAUUUGGCUGUUGGCGAGAGUGGACAUCAACCACGUAUUUUAAUAUGGGAGGUUCAAACAAAAACUUUAAUUAAUGAAUUAAAAGGUCAUAAAUUUGGCGUGCUAGCACUUAGCUUUUCUCCAAAUAUGAAAUUCAUUGUAUCUUUAGGGUUUCAACAUGAUGGAUAUUUAAAUUUAUGGAAUUGGAAAACUGGAGUAAAAAUUGCUUGCAAUAAAGUUACUACCAAAGUUCAUACUUUGGCAUUCAAUCGAACUGGUUCUUACAUUGUUACAGCUGGUCUGAGACAUGUCAAGUUUUGGUAUCUCGAUCCAAACGGAAAUUUACCAAAAAAAUCUGCCGGACAAUCAAUACAAAAAUCAUUAGUACAAGUGUUGGAUGGCAGAUCUGGGAUAUUGGGUGAUCUGAGAGAUAGUAAUUUCGUUGAUGCUGUUUGCUGUAAAAAAUCUGAUAACACAUAUUUUGUCACUUCGAAUGGUCUGUUGUGCAUGUUUACGGAGGGUAGACUAAUGGAUAAAUGGGUGAAUUUGCAGGCCAAAGGUGCCUUUUCUAUUGUUGCUAGUGAACAAUAUGUGAUUUGUGCUUGUACAGAUGGUGUGAUUAGACUAUUUGAACCUAUGACUUUAAAGUAUUUGGGCACAUUGCCAAAACCUCACCCAUUAGGUGUUGAUUUAACUCUUCAGACUGGAUCCACCUAUAAUAGUACAGGUGGCCCAAACGAUAUUUAUCCUGACACUACUGCUAUUAAAUUAGAUGACGAGACUGGUAAAUUGUCUUGCAUAUACAGUGACAGGAGUUUCUUUAUAUGGGAUAUUAAAGAUAUAAAAAAAAUUGGAAAAUAUCGUAGUUUCUUGUCUCAUUGUGACACUAUUUGGGGUGUUGAGAUGAUUCCUAAUAACGAGGAUUCAUCAACUAGUGAAAAAUCAACUUCCUCAAGAUUACCCGAGAAUACAUUUGUAACUUAUUCAUCCGAUAGUACUAUACGUUUCUGGAAUUUAGAUCAAAAUUCAAACUCAUCAUCAUCUAAUGCUAAUAUUUAUGUCGAUCCAAAUGGUACUUAUCAAAUUGAUGGCGGUGUUCGUACAUUAAGAAUUAGUCCUGAUGGUAAAUUAAUGGCUUCCGGUGAUCGUAAUGGUAAUUUAAGAGUUCACAAUCUUGAUGAUUUUCAACAAAUGACUUAUCAAGAAGCUCAUGAUGCUGAAAUAUUGGCUAUCGAAUUCACUGAUGGAAAAUUACCCGAAUCUCCGUAUUUGAUUGCAACAGCAAGUCGUGAUAGAAUCUUGCAUAUUUUCGAUAUUAAUUCUAAUUUCCAACUGAUACAAACAUUGGAUGAUCAUUCCUCGUCAAUAACCGCUAUCAAAUUUACAAACGAUGGUGGUAGGUUGAUAAGUUGUGGUGCUGAUAAAAGUAUCAUAUUCAGAAGUAAACAAAAUACUAGCGAUUUCCCUUAUUAUGCAACUUAUCAUAAUAUAUCAGGAAGAGCUACAGUAUUUGACAUGGACAUUGACGUAUCCAAUCGCUACAUUGCAACUGUGUCAGGUGAACGUCGUCUGAAUGUUUACCACAUAGACACUGGCAAGAACGUUCGCUCAUACAAAUCCGACACACCCGAUGAAGUGAAUGUUCAAGAUCAAGGCAGCUUACUAAGAAUAUCACUGGAUCCUGGCGGUGUAUGUGCCGUUACUGGUGGUUCAGACAAAAGUGUAAGAUUAUUUGAUUUUUCAAAUGGUACCAUAUUAGGAAAAGUAUUGGGCCAUUCGGAAUUGAUCACCUGCGUGAAAUUUACUUCGGAUUGUGAACGUGUCAUUUCCACAUCGGCUGAUGGAUGUAUUUUUGUUUGGAAAAUUUCUGAUGAGUUGGUUAAUAAAAUGAAACAAAAAUGGUUGGAUAGAAGCAAUUGUACUGGUACUAACAGCGGUAGAUCAACCACUGUACCUGCUUUAAGACCAAAUACAUUGUUUGCAGAUAAUCCAUCAUCAUCAGCAGCAUCAGCUUCAACGAGUUCAUUAGUUCCGCAACAAUCAAAUCAUGAAGACUCGAAUUCUCAAGAACCUAAUUUUAUUGUUCGCAAGCCACCUUUAAAAACAACAAAAUCUUAUAAAAUUUCUUCUUCCACUGCUACUUCAGGCAAAAGUAACAGUAAUCAACAAAUAUCAUUUGCAAACUCAUCUCCACCAAAUAGUCCGCCUUCGCAAGGUUCGCCAUCGACUACAAGAAGAGAAUCUUGGAAACUUGAUAAAAGAUUGCCACUAUUACCAAAAACUGUUAAAAAAUCAAAAUCUUAUGGUAGAAUACGCCAUGACUCAUUUACAUCAUCUCCAUCGCCAUCAAUUGGUGCAGGCGUAAAUAAUAAAAUACCAGUUAUUACUGUUAAUAAAAAUAAAAUGGUGUCAUUAGACGAUUCAGUUAUCACUUUAUCAUCACCAAUAUCAAAUAUUAACAAUAAUCAACGACAUCAACCAGUAGUAGCAAAUGAAGAUGAAUCUGAUUAUGAAGAUGACGAGGAAAUAACUUCACCAAUUGAUGAUUCGUCCGCUAACGAAGACACCGAGACUAUUUUUAUUGAGUUAAAUGAAGAUGAUGAAGAAGAUUAUGACAUAAUGGCUGAUAAUACAUCAUCAUCAUCACACCAAAACAAUAAAAGAAGUCGCAGAAACAGUUUUGUUGGUGAUUUAAAAGUUGUUGAAAUUAAUAACAAUAAUGAUGUUGAAUUGUAUUUACAAACUCCUGUAAAAAGUGAAUUUCCAUCUGCAAUUACCGCUGGAGAUUCCCAUGACGAAACAACAACAACACCAUCAGACAAUAGCAGGAAAAGAGAAAGCUUUACUACUAAAUUUUAUUCUGGUGGACAUCGUAUGUCAAGAGGAUCUAGUUAUAAUAAAAACAAUAGUAUGAUUGAAGCAUUAUCAACGUUAAUAAUGGAUAAAGAAAAUUCUACGAUUGAAGAGGAUCAGGAUGAUAAAAACGACUCUGUAAAAAAAGCAUUGGAAGCUUUAGAAAGAAAAACCACCGAGGCUGUUGGUAAAGAAUAUGUAUCUCGAACUCAACCUGAAGUUGAAUUGAAUGAACAAUCUAAUAAUAAUAAUAAUAUUUUGCAGUCCACUACUACUACUACUACUACAAAUAAUGAUAAUGAUAAUGACGAUGAUGAUAAAACUAUCAGUAUACCGGCAAUAAUAUUACCAGAAGAUUCAAAUAUUAGCAAUGAAUCAAAAAAGAAAAAUCAAAAUACCAGUAAUAAUAACAAUACAAGUUACAUUUGUAGCAGUAACGGAUUUAAAUCUCUUGAGAGCAAGGGUGAAGGACUUGGCAUAGUUGUAGAUGUGAGUAAAGAUAGUACGGGUCAGGAUCCCGACGCACCUAUCUCCAAACAUAACACAAAUUCAAGUACAAUCUCGGAAGUCAAUGAAGAAAGUAUUGAGGAGGAUGUCAUGGCAAAAUUAAUUUCUGAAAGUUUAAAAGGAAUGAUAAAUGAUAUUCAUCAAAGAGAUGCUGAAUCAAAUCAUUCUUAUACAACAGCCUUAACUACACACAAAAAAUAUUCAGAUUUAUUAAUGAAAAUGGUUAAAGAAAAAAUGGAAGAAAAAACAACCAAUAAUGAUAGUAUCCCAAAAACAGGAAUUAAUGGUAAUAUCGGUGCCAAUGAUUCUGCUAUUACUACGAAUUUCUCAUCAUCGUCGUCGUCGUCAAUUAAUACAAUCAAUGAUAAAAGAAUCGUUAGUGAUUGCAGGAAGAGAAGGGAAGCGACGAAACGUAUCCAAAUGCUGGGAUUGGUAGAUUCCAAAUUACUUCGUUUAUUGGAUGGAAUGUUGAUUAGAAAUGCAAGUAGAUUUGGAGCAAUACAUCCACUAGUUUAA